UUAGGGUCGUGCUGUUGUUUUUGUAUAGAUUUGUUACUUAAUGCUUUAAAUAUAUGUGCAGUGAAAAUAUACUUUUUCUUUUUGAUUUUGAUAACUAUUAGCCACCUUUAAUCUUUGUGGAAGGAAUCGACCGCAUUCGACGCGAUACGAGAGACGGUUUGAAAGAGGGCGAAGGUUCUGAACGAAAAAUAAAAAAAUAAGAAAAAAAAAACAAAUGUGCGGGGUGGACAGGAGACACCAACGGGCCAAACGAUGAUUGGUGUGGAAUGGCACAGUGAAAGAUAGCAACCAGGAAUGCUCAGAUCAAGAUGAUCUGACGUACGGCUUUCGGUGGUGCUUUGUUAGAGUGAUAUGAAGGCAAAUUCCAAAAUGCAGAAGUAUUGGAGGAUGUUGCACCGCUGUAGCUAGUGGAAAUGAGUUUUUCGAGCUCGAGCAGGACCAAUGUGCAGGAGGCAGAAAAUGAAAUCGCUAAAUUGACCAGUUGCCCUCGGAGGGAUCGAAACCAGGCAUCCUCCAGCCAAAAGCAUAGAGUUUCUGAAAGUGUGUUUCGGAUCGUGUUCACCCCGCGGAAAACCAUUGGCGGAAAGUGUGCACUAGUGGUGUGGAUAUAUUAACAAAAUAAUAUAAAAUAAAAAAAAAACGGAACACUAACCAAGCAGAAAUGGAAAAGUUUUUUUUAGCUAGAUGAAAAAUCUGUAGGAGUGAAAAACGAGCCAUGUGAAAAGUGUCCAAGGCAAAAAGCGUGAGCGUGAAAGCCCCGAGUAGUGAGCAGGAGAGUCUGGUGGCACUCUGCAAUAUCGGAUUCGAGUGCGGACGUCGUCGUCGUCGUCGUCGUCAGUUGAGAGGCAGUGUGAAAGCCCAGGAGUUUGAAGAAACAAGUGAGCCUUCGAAGGCCUGUGCUGUGAGUGCUGUGUUUCGCGCUGAACGGUUCCGAAUUUCCCGAAAAAAAAGUAGCUCUCUCUCGUUCUGCAGGUGCUGUGUGUGUGCGCUUCAUGCUGGAUGUAAAGUGAUGCUGCCAGGAUUCCAAAAUGUGACCAGACGCAAAACCAAUAAAAAAACGGGAACAGUAAAUUGAACAGGAUACGGUCAUCGGAGUGUAACUUGCUUCCAGUGUUAGCACCAGCAGCAGCAGCAGCAACAGCAACAACAAUAGCAAAUUGAAGGCGUAAAUUGAAAUUAACCGUUUCAACCGGGAAAAACGUACGUGCGUAAAAAAUCCCAAUUAAAACGAACCGCGAAACGCCAGCGGUAAAACGAGAGCCCGGUUAGCUGCGUUCGCCAAUGUGCCCCAUAGACAUCCAUCGCGGCACACCGGCUGACAGCAGCGGCACAAAUUCGGUCCUGCACUGCACUGCCAUCCUUUCUUCCUGUCAAAGCAGUAGAAACCAGCAGCACCGGUACGGUGGCACUGAAGGCUCGAGGCUGAUAAUUAGCCGUGGUGAGACCAGCAGCAGCAGACCGAGCGGAGGUCGCCAAAGUCGAAUCAACGUUUCGAAUUCACCUUUUUGUCUGUCAUCGUCAUCAUUGCCGGGUGGAUUACUGGAAAGGUGCCGCUUGGAAUCAUGAGAACUUCAUCACACAGCAGCGAUAAUUACGGAAACAACAGCAACUGCGACGGUUUCGACAGUUACCAAAACAGCGGAAUCGGCGGUGGUCGACAGCAGUUCUGUCUGGAGCGAUCAAUCGCCGUUCUGAUUUAUCGGGUCAAAUUGAAAACGGGGCAAAAAUAGGUGGCAAGGUGGAAGCACACCCACACAUACGCGCAGUUUUGUGACAACUACAAAAACAAAGCACUGACUUACUGCCCCACUACCGUAACGCCACUCUCUUCGAGGUCCAACUAGUAGGCAAACUUGGAAUUGGUGCCUGGUUCUAUCGUACGCCGUAAUCUACGAGGAGAAGGAAAACCGGUUUCCUUCACGCGCAUGUACACCAAGUAGCUUCUUUCUGACAGUAGGUGGGAACCUUCCAGGAUUACAACACCAGACUUGGCCCCUCGGUGGAAGAAAUACGGUCUCAACACUUCGCUAGAUUUAAAAUACCUUCUACGAAUCACACCGACCGAUUAGGAUACCAAACGGAAAUGCGGAAAUAGCAUCGAUCAAUCGAUUAACUGACAUAAGUAGUCACUACGGAGUUGUAUAGUAAACUUAAAUUGAUCUUAAAAGUAAUUGAUAUUGAUCAUUAAUGAACAAGUAAUAGUAUAUUAUUCGUAAAAGCUACAGUAUAAAGUUUCAUAAAAAAAGACAAAGUUUGCUGCAAUUCAAUAAUAAUAAUAUCAAUAGUACUUUAACAAAUUUUCAACAAAUUGAAUUCAUAAUAGCUAAGUAUAAAGGGACAGGAAGUUUAAUCCAUCUUAAUAUUAAACAUAAAAAAAAACAUUGGAGUAAUAUGUUUGGAACACUCAAUAAUAAACAGAGAAACUUAUCAAUCAAGAUAAAACAUCAACUAAUAGCAUAUUGUUAUUAAAAGUAUUAAAAAACAAAACGAGUCAUCUCCUAACUAAAGGCAAAAGUAGCUCAAACUAAACAAAUUUGAUAAACCGAUCGAGUCCUGGUGUUGAUAAACGAAAACAGCACCCCAAAAACAAGAGGAAAAAAAACGAAGGAUAAAACGGCACAAAGGAUUUAAAAAAGGAACAAUCAUCAACUGUCAUUAAUUCUACUACUAAAACUACUACCACAACCAUCAGUAUCAACACUACUGCUACUACUACUACUACUACUACUACUACAACUACUACUAUUACCAUCACUGGCACUGCGGGGGAAAAAAUCAACAACAGCAAUAGUAAUACAUAAAACUCCCAUUGAAAGCAACACUGACUGGAACGUACCGAGUAGUAGUACUUCAGGCGUAGUCAUCGUGAUCUCGUCAUCGUCAUCCAUUGUGUCAUUGUCAUUGUCAUCUUUGUCGUCGUCGUCGUCGUCAUCACCAUCAGCAACGUGGCACCGUCAGAAUGAGCCAGAAGAUCCUGGUGAUCGUGAUCAAAAUGAUCAAAAUGAUCUCCAAGAUCAUCAUGCUGAGCCGGUACCACAACUUUCGGUGCUACAAGCAGCUACGGUUGUACAAAUGGAUCAUCGUGUUAAUGCUGUUCGCCAAUUCGGCGAUAGUGUGCCUGGCUGGAAUCCACGAGAAGCGAUUGCUGCACGAUCUUCUGGAUUCGUACAACACCCUGGAGCGACCGGUGGUCAACGAAUCCGACCCUCUGCAGCUGAGUUUUGGCCUAACGUUAAUGCAAAUUAUAGACGUGGACGAAAAAAAUCAACUGCUUGUCACAAACAUAUGGCUGAAGCUAGAAUGGAAUGAUAUGAAUUUAAGGUGGAACACAUCGGAAUAUGGUGGUGUGCGAGAUCUACGGAUACCACCGCAUCGAAUUUGGAAACCAGAUGUUUUGAUGUACAACAGUGCUGAUGAAGGCUUUGAUGGCACAUAUCCAACAAAUGUAGUCGUACGUAGUAAUGGUUCUUGUUUGUAUGUGCCACCAGGAAUCUUCAAAUCAACAUGUAAAAUAGAUAUAACGUGGUUUCCAUUUGAUGAUCAAAGAUGUGAAAUGAAGUUUGGUAGUUGGACAUAUGAUGGUUUCCAGUUGGACUUGCAGUUGCAAGACGAAACUGGUGGCGAUGUCAGUAGUUUCGUGACGAACGGGGAAUGGGACCUGCUGGGUGUCCCCGGGAAGCGUAACGAAAUCUACUACAACUGCUGUCCGGAGCCUUACAUCGAUAUCACAUUCGCCAUCAUCAUCCGGCGGCGGACGUUGUACUAUUUUUUCAAUUUGAUCGUCCCGUGCGUGCUGAUUGCGUCGAUGGCACUGCUCGGUUUCACACUACCGCCGGAUUCCGGAGAGAAGUUAUCAUUAGGUGUAACAAUUUUAUUAUCGUUGACUGUAUUUUUAAACAUGGUAGCUGAAACAAUGCCAGCCACGUCGGACGCUGUUCCACUUUUAGGCACAUAUUUUAACUGCAUCAUGUUUAUGGUUGCCUCAUCCGUUGUGUCAACAAUUUUAAUUUUAAAUUAUCAUCAUAGAAACGCAGACACACACGAAAUGUCUGAUUGGGUUAGAAUCAUCUUUUUAUAUUGGCUGCCAUGUAUUUUAAGAAUGAGUCGACCGGGUCGAAACUUGUCGAUGGAAUAUCCGCCAACGCCAACCUCGGACAGUUCUGAUCGGAAAACGCACAUACAGGACGUCGAACUGAAAGAAAGGUAA